UUGGCGACUGGGAGCACAUUCAGAGAUAUGGAAUUUACAGAUUAUCGUGGAAGAAGUACAAUCGGAAAAAUAGUUAGAGAAGUCUGUCAAGCUAUAUGGGAAACCCUUCUAGGUGAAAGUAUACCUAGAAUAACAAAGAAUCUACUAGAACAAAUCGCGGAUGAGUUUUUUAAAAAUACUAACUUCCCCAAUUGCAUUGGGGCCCUGGAUGCAGACGAAGGCUUACCUUUAACGAAUAACAUAAUGCGUCCAUAUCCAGGAAAACACUUGACUAUACAACAAAGAGUUUUUAAUUAUCGCUUGAGUCGCGCAAGAAGAUACGUUGAAUGUACUUUCGGUAUUCUAGCAAAUAAGUGGCGCAUUUUUCAUCGACCACUGAAUGUCCAAUAUAACUUUGCAACAGAUAUUAUAAAGGCAUGUUGUGUUAUUCACAAUUUUGUUAUUAGUAGAGAUGGAAUUAAACAACCUGAAGAACUACUGAUUGACGACGGUUUUUCAGAUUUACAUCAUUCAACAAAUUAUAUGUCCUCGACAAACCCAGUUAACAUAAGAAAUGAAUUCUGUAAAUACUUUUCUAGUGAUGUGGGAGCCCUUAGUUGGCAAUUAAGUAAAAUAUAAUU